AUGCCAAAUGCAAUUCAGGUCCACUGUGGAAAUGUCCAUCAAUUGUACCUGCAAUUGUACCCCACCCCUGCCCUGCGCCCCCACAAUCACACCAUCAGAAAAGUUGGGGGAGUCUGGUCAUUGGAGGCCUCAGAGCAUGAUGCAAUGCUUCAGAGAGAAAGUGGGGGUGCUGGUUGGAGGCUCAUGCUAGAAGGCUGGGGAAGGAUUCCAAGGCUUCUGCAGUGGCUCAAGCAAGUGACCAGCACCUCGGCCAGAGCUCACAGGAAGGAAUGGACAGGACAGAUGCUUAGGAGGGAGAAUCUUCAGGCCUCCUCAAAGAAGGCAAAUGGAAUUUAUUUCAUGCCCUUGGAGAACGGACAGUUCCCUUAG